UGCAACUCUUCUCCACACCAAUCCAUCAACAACUACCAAAUGGCUUCUGACGAUUACCACUACCUAUUCAAAGUUGUCCUUAUUGGUGACUCGGGUGUAGGCAAAUCCAACUUACUUUCCAGAUUCGCUCGUAAUGAAUUCAAUCAGGACUCUAAAUCAACCAUUGGGGUGGAGUUUGCUACUCGAAGUAUCGAGUUUGACGGUAAAACAAUCAAAUCUCAGAUUUGGGAUACUGCUGGCCAAGAACGUUACAGAGCCAUCACUAGCGCAUAUUACCGUGGUGCUGUCGGUGCACUACUUGUAUAUGAUAUUUCACAACAAAAAACGUUUGAAAGCGUGGAACGUUGGCUUAAAGAACUGCGGGAUCAUGCAGAUGCCAGUAUUGUUAUCAUGUUGGUAGGCAACAAAAGCGAUCUCAAGUCCCUUCGUGCUGUUCCAACAGAAGAGGCCAAGGAAUUUGCCACUCGGAAUCAACUGUUGUUUAUGGAGACUUCUGCUUUGGAUGGUGGAAAUGUUGAAACUGCAUUUCAAGAUAUUCUUGCUAAUGUAUACAAGGUGGUAUCCAACAAGGCAAUGGAAAAUGAAAGUAACCGCGUAGCAACAGGACCAGGUGCAGGCAAAAGCAUCACUGUCGCACCCACGACAACCAAUGCCAAACCUGCGUCUGGAAAGUGCUGUUAACCCUUCAAGAUUUAAAAAAUCUUAUUCUACUUGGCUAUGUUCCAUGUCGGGAAUGCAGCCAAGGCGUAAUUUCCUGGUGUUUCGUUUUAGUUUCUGUUUUACCCCUACAACCAUUACUUUUUUUUUCUCUUUUAAGAGAGAAUGCUCUUGAUGGAGCCCUUUCGAUUGAUUUGAACCACAGUUUUGCCAAAUCUUUGCUUUAUACAUGAUGGAAUAGCCCAACUUUGUAGAAACGCAAAUAAAUGAAA